UCUCCGACUGUCCCGUCGCCUGAUCCCGAGCAGCAACAUGACCAUCAACACUCUGGCUAAAGGGGGGUCGCACCGCGAACAAAUGACAUGCUUUCGAAAGAUGGAGAAAGUGAUUGUGGCCAUGCAAGACCCUGACAUGGGCAUGAAGAUGAGAAACCAGAGGCUCCUCAUCACUGUCAUCCCUCACGCCAUGACCGGUCAUGAUAUAAUCAUUUGGAUGACCCAAACAUACAGCGUCUGUGAGGAGGAGGCGCUGCACGUCGGCGGCAUGCUGGUGAGAUAUGGAUAUAUUUACCCUCUCAAAGAGCCGCGCUCCCUGGUGCUCCGGCCUGAUGAGACGCCCUACCGCUUUCAGACUCCCUACUUCUGGACGAGUACGCGGUGGCCCGCCUCCGAGCUGGACUAUGCUAUUUAUUUGGCAAAAAAGAACAUAAGAAAACAAGGAGAACUGAUGGAAUAUGAAAAGGAAAGGUACAGUCUGCUGCACAAGAGGAUCAACCACACCUGGGACUUUGUGGUGAUGCAAGCCAGAGAGCAGCUCCGAGCAUCCAAACAGAGGCGGAAGGCCGACCGCAUCGUCCUGGAGUGUCAGGAGCAGGCGUACUGGCUCAUCAACAAACCCCCGCCGGGGGUGCAGGACAUGCUGGACACGGGUCUGGAGCGUCCCAACUCCUUCACGUCCAUGGUGACCCUGAACAGUGACUACUACAAAAGAGAGAUUGAUGCCUGUAGACGUGCACUUGGAAGAAACCGUGUGAAGUCGUCCAUCUGCCUGGAAGGGUUUGUGAAGUUCAGCGAGCAGUACCUGAACCAGGACCCCAUUAUGCAAGGCUGCCUUCCCAGCAACCCCUGGAUCUCUGACGAUGCUGCACACUGGACCAUGAACGCUGAAUCCGUGCCCAUCCCCACGCGUCUGCGGGUGGAGCGUUGGAGCUUCAGCUUCAUGGAGCUCCUCGGUGACGUCAUGGGGAGGCGGGAGUUCAUGACCUACGUGGAGAAAGAGUUCAGCGCGGAGAACCUGUACUUCUGGCAGGCGUGUGAGGACAUCAGACACGGAGAAAGCUCCAAGAUCGUGGAGAAGGUGGAGGAGGUGUACAGGAACUUCCUGGCCCCCGGAGCCACCCACUGGGUCAACAUCGACAGUAAGACCAUGGAUAAGACGUUGGACGGCAUCCGGCGGCCGCACCGCUUCGUCAUGGACGAUGCACAGAUGCACAUCUACUUCCUGAUGAAGAAGGACUCCUAUCCCAGGUAUCUGAAGUCUGACCUGUACAAGAACAUGCUGGCCAAAGCCGUGGUCCCCCAGGAAACCAAGAAGAGCGUGUUCCCCUUCAUGAGGCGUCAGCGUCACUCCAGCCCCUCGCCGGCUCAGGCCACGCCCCCGGCUCAGGCCACGGCCACGGCAGAGGAGGGGGCGGGGCCAGCAGGGGCCAACUCUGCAGCCGGAUCCCACGCCUGACGGAGACCCGGCCACUGCACUCUCCUCUGUCUCUGUUGGUCACCAUAGCAACCCUCCCAGAGCUCUCCUGUGCUUUAGUUGUGCUCGUGUGUCAGAGCCUGACCUUCGUAAGCAGAAAUAGAGUUCCGGCGUCAAGUCUCCUGGAGGGGGGGUUCUGGUCUUUAGGACCUUCUCCACAUGAUCAAACUACGGAAGAGUGUUAGGGCCAGGCAGGAGAAAAAUACAAAUAAUAUUUUAGAGGAGGAAGAUUUUUUUUUCAUUAUGCACUUCAAGAAAAAAGUCGAGAUUAAUGUUGGUUCUGUUUUAGGACUAGAUGAAACAAUCCCUUAAAUGAACAUAUACGGUGAGACAUGAGUUGUGACGGUGCAUCCAUCAGAGUGGCUUGCGAUGGUGUAUGAGGAGAAAAAAGUCGAAAUGUCGAGCAAAAAGUCAAAAUGUCGAGAUUAAUGUUGAAGAACAAUCUCGAGAAAAAAGUCGAAAUGUUGAGAAAAAAGUCAAAAUGUUGAGCUUAAUGUUGAAGUACAAUUUCGAGAAAAAAGUCGAAAUUUUGAGAAAAAAGUCAAAA